AGCUAGUCGAGCUUUUAUCAAUCCAACGAUUAUCCGAGUGCGGGAAGAAUUGGCCAAGUCGUCGCUCGUUUCCAGUGGAGUUCGCGUUGUUCCGCCGCAAACUAAAGGUGUAAACCCCGUUUUCAGUGUAACCUGUAAUAAAUCAUUUUUCGAUUAAUUGCAAAAAUGCCGAUCAAGAGCAUCGUAGCCCGUCAAAUCUUUGACUCCCGUGGCAACCCAACCGUGGAAGUCGACCUUACAACUGAGUUGGGUCUCUUCCGUGCUGCUGUUCCCUCAGGCGCUUCGACCGGUGUCCAUGAAGCCCUUGAAUUACGUGAUGAAGAGAAGAACAACUACCACGGCAAAGGAGUUCGCAAGGCUGUCGACCAUAUUAACAAGUCCCUCGCCCCCGAGCUGUUGAAGGCGGGACUCGAGGUGACCGACCAGGAAGCCAUCGAUAGCUUCAUGAUCAAGUUGGACGGAACUGAAAAUAAGUCGAAAUUCGGUGCCAACGCCAUUCUUGGAAUUUCGUUGGCCGUCUGCAAAGCCGGAGCAGCCAAGAAGGGAGUGCCACUGUACAAACACAUCGCUGACCUUGCCGGAAACGCUAACAUUAUCUUGCCUGUGCCGGCUUUCAACGUAAUCAACGGCGGUAGCCACGCUGGCAACAAAUUGGCCAUGCAGGAAUUCAUGAUCUUGCCCACCGGAGCCGCCUCGUUCACGGAAGCCAUGAAAAUCGGUUCGGAGGUUUACCACCACUUGAAGAAGGUCAUCAAGGAUAAGUUCGGCUUGGACGCGACCGCAGUCGGAGAUGAAGGUGGUUUCGCUCCCAACAUCCUCAACAACAAAGAUGCUCUGCUCCUCAUCCAAGAUGCCAUCAGCAAGGCUGGCUACACCGGAAAAGUCGAAAUUGGCAUGGACGUUGCUGCCUCUGAAUUCUUCAAGGACGGACAAUACGACUUGGACUUCAAGAACCCCAACAGCGACAAGAGCCAAUGGUUGAGCCCCGACAAGUUGACCAACUUGUACCAAGAAUUCAUCAAGGAGUUCCCCAUCGUCAGCAUUGAAGAUCCCUUCGACCAGGACCACUGGGAUGCCUGGAGCGCCAUGACCGCCGCCACCAACAUCCAAAUCGUCGGUGACGACUUGACAGUAACAAACCCAAAACGCAUUCAAACUGCCGUUGAGAAGAAGGCCUGCAACUGCUUGCUCCUCAAGGUUAACCAGAUCGGUACAGUGACCGAGUCUAUCAAGGCCCACUUGCUGGCCAAGAGCAACGGCUGGGGCACCAUGGUAUCACAUCGUUCAGGCGAAACCGAAGACACAUUCAUCGCUGACUUGGUCGUCGGCUUGAGCACUGGUCAAAUCAAGACCGGAGCCCCAUGCCGUUCCGAGCGUCUGGCCAAGUACAACCAAAUUCUUCGUAUCGAGGAGGAGUUGGGCGCGAACGCCAAGUACGCCGGCAAGGGCUUCCGCUCCCCCAAGUAAAUCGUUGAUAGUUAAAAGACAUGAGUUGGAGCAGUGCGACUGCAGCGAGCCGUGAGAGUUCAUUCUGUCGUUUCUUUAAGAAAUCAUUGGCUUAACGUAUUCUAAUCAUCAGCAACGCUAAAAUGUGUUUUAAUUUUUUGGCCGGCUCGUUGCAGGACGGCAAUAGAAUGCGAAAUAUGUUAUGCAUGAUCCACAAAGAUUUGAUGAUAGUGUUAAACUGUUGUUCGCUAGAUGUUAAGGAUUUCUCUCUUUUUCAAUGAUUAUUUCAUAAUUUCAUUUAAUUUAUUUUACUGAGACUUGGAAAAUUGAGAUUUUGUAGCGCACCGUACUAGUGUGUAAACGCCAAGCGAAAAUAUGUAUUUCCAGGGAAUAUUAAAAGUAAAUUACAAUAA